CCAGGGUCUCGAGCUUGAUGACGAGCUUGGAGGGUACUAUGGUGUUGAAUGCCGAGCUGUAGUCGAUGAACAGCAUUCUCACAUAGGUAUUCCUCUUGUCCAGAUGGGUUAGGGCAGUGUGCAGUGAGAUAAUGGAGAUGUUAUGUUUACUACCAAUGACUUUAAAAAAAUGAAAUUGCAUUAAAGUGGUAACAUUUCAGAUGACUGUGGUAGUUGUUGUUGAAAGCCUAAUGGACUGGUAGUAUAGUGUAUAGUAUGUGCUGCACAGACGUGCAGUACUGCGCUUUUACUCAAAACAACUGUUUCUAUUGGCUGUGCCUGGAGACAAAAGCCUUUUAUGCUGCGUUCAUAACCAAAUGGGAAGGUGGUUUUUACCUCUUACAACUGGAAAAAAUCCACAUGAACGCCCCUUCAACUCGUAAAAUCUAGUAGGAAACUUGUCUAUCAUCCCUGAGCUCUGACUUCUCGCACAUGCUGACCUCUGAUGUCACCUACUAAGAAAAUGACCUCGAUAACAGCAUUUUCGGCAGUUAAAUGUAAUUUUUUUACAAGCAUUAUAACUGUACUUUUAGUUUAUGGUUGACACCGAUUGUUGGCCAUUAGCCAGUCAGCGUUUCUCAACGAGUUAAGAAUGCAUCCAACUGUUAUUUACGACUUGACAACUGGUAAUUAGUACCUUCCCACUUGGUUAUGAACGCAGCAUAUAGCCCAACCCAAAACUAUCACACCCAAAAGCCAUGCAGCUGUUAGUAUGGAAUGCAUCCAAACAACCUAAAUCUACAGACAAAGGAAAUAAUGAGUGCCUUUGCUACAGACUAAUAACUGUGUCUGUGAAUAUAAUAAGGAACAGUGUGACACUGUCGGAAAAUGAAUUAUGCACUGAUAAAGAUUUUUCUUGGUGGAAAAUACACAUGUCAAACUAUUAGCCUAAUCUCCCUCAGAUGUGCAUUGAUGUGUAGCCUAACCCAUAAAAGGAAUUCUCCUACCUGACUGUCAGGCCCAAGGGUGCACUGAAGACUCCAUGUGAUCCCAGUCAUAACACGUAGCAGGACCAAUCUGGUUUGUGACCCCCUAUGUCAGAGUUCACAUAGGUGAAGAGCUUAAUUAUUAUGCUCUCGUCUUUCCUCCCUUGUCAUCUCACAGAGAUUGCAAUGGAUUGAAUUGGAUGACUCCUAUCAAUUUGAGAGUGGAUACAUUUCCCCAUUUCCCUCAGCUUUACCCAACCAAGUGGCCACUGAAACACAAAAUCUAAAAUAAUUUUGUCUUUAUAGCAGAGAAAAUGUAAUUCAGUCAAUAGAAUCUAUUUUGGAACAUUGGUGGUGGAUAUAUAUACUGUGUGAUAUUCAACACUAGGCCACUGCUGUAAGAUAUACUGCUGUGGUUUCACUGUGCACCCUAAUAGUGCAUGCAUAAGCACUCGGCUAAAAUAAAGUCAGCACUUUCUAAGAGGUGUGUGUUUUACCAGAGAAAAUGAACCAUUGAGCUGUCAAUCAGACAGCCAAACCUUGUGGAAACAUUGUUUGGGAAUGCAGACUUACAGGUAAUAGGAACCGGUUACUGGGUGUGGGUCUGCUGUGUGUACCUAACAGUAAUGAGAGGUAAAGGUGUAACCAAAAGGAGCUAUGAAAGAGAGGAAGGAGGGAGGGAUAGCCAGGUAGAGGUGUAGCUAGAGGGAGAAUGUGUGUGUGUGAGGGAGGGAGGGAGAGUGAGCUUGUCAAUGAGGGAGGGAGAAGCAGAGUGUAAGCAAGACUGUGCCCAGACACAGACAGCACAGCACACACAGUCCAAGGAGAAAGACAUGGGUGGAGACGCUGACAGGGUGGAAGAGAAAAAAGAAGGGAGAGAUUGAGAAGGGGAUAGAAGAACGGCAUACCAGAGAUUCCCUGGCUGUCAACCCUAGCUACCGGCCAUUAUCCUCUCCCAUCUGCGUAGAUACAGCACAAACCUCUGGAUUAUUUACCAGCCUCUCUCUCUGUGAGUGUGUGGGUUUGCUGAGCUCACCAUGCUGCUGCUGCGGUGGUGUCCUGCUGGUGUCAGUGUCAGUACUGCAGGCUGGGCAGGGUGGAUCUGGCUGGGGCUGACUCUGACUCUGGAGCUGUCUCUACCAGUCACGGCACUAUCAGAACCAGACCCAGGCUUCUCCCUCUGCAGACAGAGCUUCUACAGACAGACCCCUCCCCUGGGCCUCUCUGUAGGUGCAAGGCCCCUCCUGACCCCCCUCUGUCACAGGCUGCCAGGGGGACAGGCGUUCGCCACACUCUACCACCCGACCUGUGACGCAGCUGUUUACUCUGCCUUUCAUCUCAGCCAAGGAUGGGGGACAGAAAAGGAGGAAGAGGAUGCCAGAGGGGAGGAGAAAGAGGACGAAGGGUCCCAGGUGAUGACCCCAGCCCUGCUCCAAGGGGAUGUGGCGGGGGGUAAACCCCAAGCUCAUUCUGACUCUCCCCUCCACCAGUGGGGCUCCCUGGCCAGAGAGCUGAUCCAGAGCAGCGUCCUGCCCCAGUGUGGCUCCACAGGGGGCCAGCUCUACGUCCUGACAGGAGCCACAGGGCUCAGGCUGGGGUCCGGGAUGGAGGAAGGUGGGGAUGGGGGUUGUGAGGCUGGGGUGCAAUGGUCUGCAGUGUGCUGUGCUGGUCCAGAGGGACAGAGUGGGUUCAGUGUGGGGGUAGUGAGAGAGACAGGGGGAGGGGAGAGGGUGGUGAGUGUUAAGGAGCUGGAACACAUGAUUGGAGUGACAGAUCUAUUUUCAGAGGGUUGCGGGGAAGCAGAUGGGGACACGGAGGGAGACAUAGUGACACUGCUCAGUGAUGUGAUGGUUGGAGUCGUAGAAAAGCAAAGAGCGGUCGCAAGGCCAGACGCCAUUGAGGAAACACUAGAUGAGACUACUGACCGAAGCAUAGAGGGACUACCUGCCGACACAGAACCUCUCAUCACUCCUUCAGUGGACAACGAGACACUGGCCUCUGAGUCGGACUCAGAGUCGUCCAGCAACCCUCUGGUGUAUAUCAUCACCUCCUCUGUCUCCCUGCUCAUGGCUCCUCUACGCCCUGUAGUCUCCACACUCAUUGGGAUCCCUGGACAGGUGGCCUUUGUCCUACAGGAAGACCUGGGGGUCCUGUCUGCCCUGCCAGGCGACAUCCUUUCUGUGUUCUACAACAUGGCGUCUGACCUGGUUUCUGGGGUCGGCUCAGUCACAGGCCUGAUACUUGGUGUGGGGGAGAUGUGCUUCUCUACCCUGUAUUGCAUUACAGCCCCACUGGUGGGCUCUCUGUUCACCAGCUGCCAGGACGGGGUCACAGGGGUGGGCACCCUGGCCUGGGAUGGGGUGGGCAUAUUCAGGGGGAUUGUGGACAGUGCCUGGUGGGUGUCCAGGGUGGUCGGGGACCAGGCGUGGGAGCAGGGUGGGGGGUUUGUGGGGUCGGUGGUGUCUGAGAUGGGAGGGCAGGUGAAGGCAGUGGGUGGGGGAAUGGGGAAGCUGGCGUGGAGGUGUGGGAAUGGGGUGGGAAACAUGGUGAGGUUGGCAGGAGGGCUAGUAGUAGGGAGCACGGAAACGGUUGUGGAGAAUGUGAUGGAGGUCUUUGGGCAGGACCAGAACUGUGGAUGGUUUGGGUCUACAGAGAAUGUUCAUCAAUAACAUUGCAGAUUUAUUGCAAACCUUGAAAAUUGUGUAUCUUGUUCUUAUAAAGUAUGUAAAUAUGCACCAGAUAGCAAGAGAUAAUUGAUGGGUACACCGCAAUGCCAAUGCCUCUAGCUAAGCUGUAUUAACAUAAAUGCAUAGUUAGGCACACAACACAUUUUCAUUUUUUUUGUUGCUCCGUAAAGUAGACGACUUCUACUUCUACUACUUCUUAGUUGUAAAGAAGCAGGAUCCCAAAAGACUAAUGCUGAGAUGAAUGGUGUAUAUGUCAGAAAGUGAAGCUGGGUAGCCCUAUGGGUGUGCUGGCCAUUUGAUCAAUUACAAUAUGGUAUUAUUUUGGGGAAACAUGCUUUGACUGUGUGAGUUCAUAUGGUAAUAGGUGUUAGAAUGUAUGUUACUUUAUGAACUAUAUGCUUGCUUGAUUAAAAAGGAUAAUUGAUUGAUCACA